AUGAAUUUGAAGAGGCCGCAUGUAGAGCAUGAUGAUGAGGAGGAGGAGGAGAACUGCUCUCUGGUUCCGGGAUCGAAGAGGCCGAAGAUAUGGAUCAAUGCAAUGAAAGAAGUGAUGGGAGCUCAAUGUAUGCAACGGCACUUGUCGAGGAUCGAGCCUUUUCUACGGAGAGUGGUGAAAGAAGAGGUUAACAAUGCUCUCUGUCGUCAUGUCUCGUUGAUCUCCAGGAUGCCUGUUAAUCGGAUCCAGGGAACUCCAGCUCGAAGUUAUCGACUCCUUUUCCGGAGUAAAAUUGACAUCCUUGUUAUUAAUGGUGAUUUUGGUGGUGAUGGACAAGAGGAAUGGACGGAGGAGGAGUUUGCUGAUGGCAUAGUGCGUGAAAGAGAAGGGAAAAGACCAUUGCUCACAGGGGACUUGGUGGUUAGCCUCAAUAAUGGGACUGGUUUUCUUGGUGAUCUAACUUUUACUGAUAACUCUAGUUGGAUUAGAAGUCGGAAGUUCAGGCUGGGUGCAAAGAGUAGGUGCUCUGAAGGAAGGGUUAAAGAAGCAAUAAGUGAAGCAUUUUUGGUAAAAGAUCACCGUGGAGAAUUGUACAAGAAGCAUCAUCCUCCAUCAUUGAACGAUGAAAUAUGGCGUCUGGAAAAGAUCAGUAAAGACGGUGCGUUUUGUAAGAGGCUUACCGACAGGGGAAUCAAAACUGUUAAAGAUUUCCUACGUUACCAGAAAAUGGAUCCAGAUGAGCUUCGGAAUUUACUCGGCGGUGGGAUGUCAAACAGGAUGUGGGAUGCUAUUGUUGAACAUGCAAGUGAGUGUCUUCAAGAUGGAAAGUAUUAUUCGUAUAGGAAUAAUGAACAUGGGAAUGGACUAAUCUUCAACUCAGUUUUUGAUAUUAUUGUGAAAGAAUUGAAACUGCGUGCGUGUAGAAGUCCCAAUGAAAUCGUUGAAUGUGAUGAACCAUUAGCUGAAAGCUUGCCUGGUCCUCCAUACCAAGACGGCUUUCUUCCUAUGUAUCAUGGUUUUCCGCAUCAAACGCCUGCAAUAUGUGAUGUUCCAUCACAAGGCAACGAUGUUCCGAUUGUGCACUAUCCUCCCAUGUCAUUCCCAUCCAAUAGCUUCAACAUAGGUGAUUUUUUUGAUGUCCCGACAGUAAGUCCAGACAACAACGGACUUUCGAUAGUUUAUAAUUCUAGAGAAUGCAUGCCCAUGGCAUCUUCAACUUCAAUAUUGCACGAUGAUAAUGGAUUCAUACAAGUAAACACUGGUGGAAGAUUGGGCUGCUUUUCCCGUCCACAUAAUGUCGGUCCCCCGAUUUAUUCUGGCAAGUGGAACAAGCAAAUGCCGAAGCUGAUGGCUGCACUCAGAUGGAUGUCCAUAGGUAAAUGCGCACCAAGUAGAAGAGCUAGAUUUCCACCCUUGAACCAUGAUAUGAACGAACUCCACUGGCUAGAUUUCCGCCCAUGA